ACUUACUCUUUAGUCUCAAUUCUACAUAUUUACAACAAAAAUGACUGCUAGUGAUAUCGAAGCUCAACAACCAGAACAAAAGGUUGAAACCUACAGCCCAAAGUACGACUCUGCUGUUACCGCCUCUCCAAUGAAGAAUCAUUUAAUUGCGUUCUUGGGUGAAUUCUUUGGUACCUUUAUUUUCUUAUGGGUUGCCUUUGUCAUUGCCCAAAUUGCUAACCAAGAUCCAACCAUUCCACCACCAGGUGAAGGUUCUGAUCCAAUGCAAUUGAUUAUGAUUUCUUUCGGUUUCGGUUUUGGUGUUAUGAUGAGUGUUUUCAUUUUCUUCAGAAUUUCCGGUGCUAACUUGAACCCUGCUGUUACCUUGUCUUUGGUUUUAGGUGGUGCUGUUCCACCACUUAGAGCAGCUAUUAUGUUUGUUGCUCAAAUGAUUGGUGGUAUGGCUGCUGCUGGUGCCGCUUCUGCUAUGACCCCAGGUCCAAUUGCUUUUACUAACGGUUUAGGUGGUAACUCCUCCAGAACCAGAGGUCUUUUCUUGGAAGCUUUCGGUACCGGUAUCUUGUGUUUGACUGUUUUAUUCUUGGCCGUUGAAAAGUCUAAGGCCACCUUCAUGGCUCCAUUUGUCAUUGGUAUUGCUUUAUUCUUGGGACACAUGAUCUGUAUUUACUACACUGGUGCUGGUUUAAACCCAGCCAGAACUUUCGGUCCAUGUGUUGCCGCCAGAUCUUUCCCUAACUACCACUGGAUUUACUGGGUCGGUCCAUUCAUUGGUGCCGUUGUCGCUGCUGCCAUCUACAGACUUUUCAAGUUCUUGAACUACGAAACCUGUAACCCAGGUCAAGAUGCUUCUGAAUAAAUUUGAUGCCGCAUAUGAAAAAAAAAAGACGUUCUAUGAAGAAAGAGUCAAUUGAAUAGCAAGUUUCUUCAUUCACGUUUUUCACUUGUUUUAGUUUAUUUACUUUUUCUUUCCAUACUUCUUCACACCCUUAAUUAAUAAUUAAUAUUUAUGUUUUAAUUUUUGUACUACCGGAAAAGUCUUUCAGAUCUGGAAAUAUAUAAACAAUGAAAAGACCGCCGUGCAUAUCGAUCGGGGACCUUGCCGUCGUAUCGAUGGUCCACGCAACAUGUGCUAAUUGUCGAUGCAACACAUGUUUAAGUCAUGCAACAUGACAAAACAAUACACUUCAAUGCGAUUAACUUUAACCUGUGAAAUUUGCUAUAUUAAUUAGCCUUACACCCAGAAAAAAAAAGGAUGACGCUAUACCAAGAAAUAUUUAGC